GAAUGAGCGUUAAGCUGGACGCAGUAGCGAAGGAAGUGUUCGUGGCACCGGUUGCGGAUAGAAAAAUGAUCCCAGUACGCCCCAUUCCGGAAUGUCUCAAGCGCAAAGCAGCGGAAGAGCUGAACGAGCAGGAAGCGAUUAUUGCGGAAGAGCUGGCAAUGAUCAAGACCUGGAUGCGUCAGUCCGGCCACAUCCGGGGCCGGAUGGAGGAGCAGUUUUUGCUUGGAUUUUUGCGCUCCUGCAAGCACAGCAUGGAGCGGGUGAAGGAAAAGCUGGACACGUACUACACGAUCCGGUCCGUUCUGCCCGAGGUGAUGCGCAACCGGGAUCCGCUCGAUCCGUUCGUCCGGAAAGUUAUCAAAAUGGGUGUGACGGUCCCCCUGCCCAAAACGGUACAUCCGGACGAUCCGAAAAUCAUUCUCAUUCGUGGCGAUGCGUUCGAUGGUGAUGUGUGUGACUUUCCGGACAUUCUGAAAGUGUUUACCAUGAUCGGUGACAUACUGCUGCGGGAUGAUGAUCAGAUGAUGAUCUGCGGACAGGCGGCCAUUAUCGAUCUGGGUCACUCGUCCAGCAGUCAUCUGUUUAACUUCAAUCUUUCCUUCCUGCGCAAAGCGUCCAUCUUGAACCAGCAAGCGUCUCCGUUACGGCAGAAGGGAUUCCAUUUUAUCAAUACGCCGAAAAGCUUCGACAUUGUGCUGAACAUCUUCAAAGGGCUGAUGACGGAGAAGAACCGCAAACGCACGAUUGUAUCGCAUGGUUCCAGCCUAGAGUCACUACACAAGUACUUCCCCAAAUCAGUACUUCCGGCAGAGCUGGGUGGUGAGCUUGGACCGGUUCAGCAGUAUGUGGACGAAUGGGAACAAAAGCUGAUCAACAAUCGAGCGUACCUGAUCGAGGAAGAAUCGCUCGGUGUUGAUGAAGCUCGGCGAAGAACGACAAAUCCGCUGGCAGAGGAGAAAGAUCUGUUCGGGACGGCAGGCACGUUCCGAAAGCUAGAAUUUGACUGA